GUGUACAUAGCAUCGGUAUCUUGAAGAGACACGAUGGCCCCCAAGACGCUGGCGCGGAAUGAGGAGCUCCUCGAUGAGAUGACGAGCUACUCGCUGGGCAACUACGUCAAAGACAUGAUGGCGAUCCUAUUGGAGCGCCUCAUCGUGGACCAGCCCAACGACCCGCUCAACUACCUCAUCAACCUCGUCCAGAACGACCCGGCCAUCAUCGCUCUCGACGACGAGGCGCGCUACAGCCGCAUGGACUUGCGCACGAUCAAGACCAAGCAAAAGCUCCUCAAAACCAUCUACGACGACCUCCGGACGUACGACAAAGCAGCAUUCUUGUCGGCUAUUCUCGCCUCCAAGCUCCUGCGCCAGCACUUUCCACGCCACGCCAACGACAUUGUCAACGCCGUCGUGCAGACGGAGAAGGUGCUGCCACCCAAGGUGACCCUCCGCGACUUGAGCACUUUGGCCCUCGCCGUCCUCGCACGGCCGGCGAGUACCUGAUCGUGCUUCUCGCGGCUCGAUAUACGAGCAAGAAUAUGACAAUAUUGUGUAGUAGCAUAUCACGUGCAAAAAAGAAGGAAAAAAUAAGAGAGUAUGGAAACUACCCUGUAAAUGGACCGGCCAAAACACUCAUCUCAAG